GGCAAAGAAGCCAACUCCUGUCGAGACCGAGAACAUCGUCUUCUGGACGUUUGUGGUGCUCGUAGUGAAUGCAAAUCAACUGCAAGCCCACCAUUCACAGCUCGCUGGCUGGCUCCUUCACUGUACUAAAAAUCUUGUCGGGUGCAAAUUUGACCGAAGACCCCUUCCCGCAUCCAAAUCUCCAGCGACUCCCUCCCCACUCCGCUCUGUCCCGCCCAGAUAUCGUCGGAUUGAUCGCAAUUUCACCGCCAACGGCCAACGAACGACCCUUUCCCGCCUUUAGAACUUUAUGCGUACAGCUCCAGCUGCAGCAGAGGUUCUUUCGUUCCCGUCUCCAAACAAUCAUAACGACUACCCUCGUUUUGUUUCGAUAUUUAAGUCCUGGGUAGCCACCACCUAGAAUCAGGAUUGCAUACUCCUAGAAACAAGACGCGAUCGACGAACGACUUGAUAACUAGCUGCCUCUCCUCCACGACCGACGAUAAUUGAAUUGGGGAUGCGUCAACAAGGAAAAAAUCCCGGGUCGCUUAUCUUCUUACCCAAUACAGUGAUUUCACUCGACCGUAUCGGAUUCAGAUAAGAAAACCACGCCCAACCAUGUCCACGACUGCAACUGAUUCUCAACAGUCGGGCUCUACCAUGGCAACUGCGGACGAUUCUUCGUGCCUCAAUGGAGGCCAUGCAGCCGUGCGCUUUGCUUCCAAGAACCAGGAAAUCGAACCCUCGAAAAGUCGGCCUACAAUAACUCUCUCCAAUGACCCGCCACAAGCUCCGGAAGGGGAUCAUGCAAAUCCUUUGCGUCCCGAAAGCCGAACCGAACUGCGCGAUAUUACCAUAAAAUUACAAAAAUCAAGGCUGCAAGAGACUCGGAUGCAGAAUUUUGCUUUUGAGCCCGUUUCCCUCCCACCUACAAGAGCACCUUCUAGGGACUCAACUACGCGUAGUCAUCGAGAUGGCCCUUCCCCGCCUCCUUCCGGACCGCAUUCUCCUGUUCUCGGCCCCCACGAUGCGGAACAGAUGAGAGAUAGAAUCAACCGGACAAUUGUGAACUAUUCGGCCAUGACACCACAAUCAUCCCUCUCAAAUGAUAAUUCGGGCAAGAGCUAUGGUUCCCGGUCGCCGGCCGGGUACGGCUCAAGGCCUUCUUCAUCCUCAGGGCUGACAUCAGCAAGGCCAUAUUCCAUGUCUGAUAUCCCCGCGCCUCCAAGGGAAUCCCAACGCAAGCCGAAAUUCUUCCUUGGACCCUCUGACGAGAGCCCACCUUCAACUCCGAGACACGAUAUCGGCUCUUCUGCCUCUUCUAUCAUGGGCCCCGGUGCUCCCUUUCCUCUGGGGGACCAGAAUGACCCCUAUUCUAGGAGUAGAAUGCCUCCCCCACAAACGAAUCUUUCCCAAUUGGAUGAAAGAUUCAUUUUCGGCAGCCUUGAUUCAAAACGUCGUUCCAACAAGUCUCUUUCGUCUGCUCCUUUAGCACCUGCCUUUGAAAAACAACAUGAUAAGAAGUUGUUUGGUAAAAAGGAAAAUCGCCAUCUCGACGGCCAUCUGGAGAAGCAUAAGCCCCACGGCUCAAUGUCCGAAUUGAGGCGUUUCUUCCGAAUGGGUGGGAAACAAAAACGCGGCGAAUCGCCUGCUUCUAUUCACGGUAAACGGUCUUCAAGAUCCUCAAGCAAAGCCGAUCCAUUCCGGGCUAGUGGCCCUAGCGUUCCAUUUGCUGAUGAUCAUGGCCUCCAAUCCAAGUACGGAAAGCUAGGAAGAGUUCUUGGAUCAGGAGCAGGAGGCUCCGUCCGCCUACUGAAGCGAAAUACUGAUGGAGUCACAUUUGCUGUUAAGCAAUUCCGAGAUCGUCAUAAGUGGGAGACGGAAAAGGAAUACGCGAAGAAAGUUACAGCAGAAUUCUGUAUUGGCUCCACUCUGCACCAUGGGAAUAUUAUAGAAACUUUGGAUAUUCUCCAUGAGAACAAUAGCUGGUAUCAAGUCAUGGAGUACGCACCAUACGACCUAUUUGCAUGUGUGAUGACAGGCAAGAUGACACGAGAAGAGAUCACAUGCUCUUUCCUGCAGAUUAUCAAUGGUGUUACCUACCUCCAUAGCAUGGGACUUGCGCAUCGGGAUCUCAAAUUAGACAACGUGGUUGUCAACGAUCGCGGAAUCAUGAAGUUGAUUGAUUUCGGAAGUGCAGUCGUGUUUAGGUACCCCUUUGAGACCAACAUUGUUCUAUCUUCCGGUAUUGUCGGGUCUGACCCUUAUUUGGCCCCGGAAGUGUACGAAGAAAAGAAGAAAUACGAUCCCCGGGCGACGGACAUCUGGUCACUAGCUAUAAUAUUUUGCUGCAUGUCUUUACGUCGAUUCCCAUGGAAGCAACCUAGAAUAACCGAUAACUCGUAUAAGCUUUUUGUUUCACCACCUUCACCAGGAACUCCAGUCCCUGACGGUCCACCGAGAGAAGUUGGUCGACCACGGCCAAGAUCUACGGCAGACUUGGCUUCUGUGGAUAAAGAAUGGCGAAGUGACCGUGGACGUUCACCGGUCUCUCGACAUCAUCACCGGCAUGGGAGCGGAGGAAUAUACCCUCAAUCCGACCCCGCGGCGCGAGAUUUGAAGAAGAACGAAAAUCAUCCUCCCAAUAACACCAGCUCACUAUCCGAACAGCCGACAACCGCCCCGAAAGCUACCAAUCCACCACCAUCGCAACAGUCACAGUCGCAUGGCGGCUCCGGUCAACGACAGGAAGUUAUCAAAGGCCCCUGGAGACUCCUCCGGCUUCUGCCCCGAGAAUCCAGACAAAUCAUCGGCCGCAUGUUGAAAGUUAACCCACGUGAACGAGCGACGCUGGAAGAAGUGCUCUCAGACGAAUGGGUGCGAAGUAGCGAGAUCUGUAGACAAGAAGAGUCGGGCCAAGUUAUGAACGCGCCCAACCAUACGCACGUCUUAGAGCCACCAUCCGGGGCCCCGCCACCAACAAAUAAUCAAAACCAGAAAUGAUGAUUACGAGACUUGAUAUAUCCGAUACUCAAAAGAAAAGAAAGAGAGUUUUCCCUUUUCCCUCAUUUUCUCUUUCCUCUUUCCUUUUCUUACUUUUAGUAAUCAUAGCAUUUUAAAUAUGGGAUUGACCAGGCUGGGCUUUCACUGGCGUUUACUGCGAAUAGGGAAGCGGGAAGCUUUUUGGUCGUCUUUUGUUAUGUGGUGUCGGUUUUAUUCAUUUACGGAGGCUUCUUUUUUUCUUUUUUUUUAAAAAAUUUCUGGAUUGUUCUUAAAAAGAAGCUUGUUGUACAUACAUCCAUAUCCAUAAAUAGGAACUUUUCGAUGAGCGAUUAGUUCCCGAUUCCGUAAA